AUGUAAAAGUAAAUUGAUGAGGUUGAACUAUUAUUAAAAAAGAGUCCUUAACAUAGAAGUAAAGCUGAAAUAGAUCUACUCGUUUCAUUAACUUCUUAACUUCCCUUUUUUAAAUAAUAUACAAAAUUGGAAAAUGGAAUUUAGAUCUAAAGAAAAUGUUGUAAAAAUAUGUAUUGCGAAAAAUUCAAAUCAUAAGAAAUUGUAUUCUAUGUAGGUAACUAAUAACUCUAAGCUUUCUAGAUAGUGUUGGCACAAAAUUCUAUAUCAUUUUAGAAGGACAAGUAACUGUUUUAGUAAGGAAACCAAAUUAAAUUGAAAUGGAAGCAGUAAGAAUACUCAAUAAAGGAGAAUCUUUUGGUGAACUGGCACUCUUACAUAAACAACCUAGAUUAGCAACUAUCUAAUGUCUUAAUGAUUGCACUUUUGCAGUCUUAGAUAAAUAAUAAUUUAAACAUAUUCUUUAAGAAGAAUAAUAAAAAUAAUUAGAUGAAGUAUCUAUCUAUUAAUUAUGAAGAACAUAGAUUAUUUCUCACAAAUUAAAAUAUUCUCUCAUCUCCAUAGAACCUAAUUGAAACAUAUUUAUUUAAAUUCCUUUCUAUAUGAAUUUGAAAAAAAUUAAAUUGUCAUCCAAGAAGGAUAAAAAGUUGAUUAUUUUAUCUUAAUCAAAUCUGGCAGUUUUUUAGUCAAAAAGUUUAUUAAAUCUAAUCAUAUUAAUGCAAAUGUAAUUUAUAUACCUAAAAUAGCUUUUUGAAAUAGGAGAACUCUAAGUAUUUGGAUUCUAUCAUCUCAAUAUCAAUCUACCUUAUGAAUAUUCUUUAAUUUGUAAUACAGCUAAAGGAUUUGCUUACAAAAUUUAACGUACUUCAUUGGUAGAAAGAAUGUUUGAAUAACAAUUUGAAGAGUUAAAAUUACAUAGAAUGGAAUUAUAAUAGUUUGCUGAACUUAGAACAUAAACAGAUGCUAAAACAGCAUUUACUUUUCCAUAAUUUUAUAAUUAAAGAAUUAAAACAGAAGGAAAUAUAGAAUCUCCAAUUUUAAAUGAAAAACUAAUUGAAACUAAUAAAAAAAUUCAAUAAAUUUAAUAAAUUAAAAAAUAGCAGAGAAUUAAUAUAAUUAAAUAAUAACUUGAUUUCUUAUCUUAAAAAUAGAGAAAACAUCCUAUCAAAGUAAUACCUACAAAUGUCUCUCAAACUUAAUCUGAACUCUUUUUUAAAACAAAAAUAUGUUAUAAUUUUAUAACAUAAAAUGAUUCUCAAGAAUAAGAUUAUUAAUAAAUCUAAUAAAAUUAAACUUAAAUAGAUAAACCAAAAAGCAAAAUUAAAAAACUUACAUUAAAAACUCAUUUUCCAGAAGAUAUACAGGAGAAAUAAUCUUGUAAUAGUCCCUUAAGUACUUCUUAAUCCUAAUUGAGAAGUAAUAAAGAAAAGAAAAGAAAGAUCUUACCAAAUGCAUAAAACAGAAUUAAAUCUAGAACAAUUUAAUAUUAGGCUACCUUUUCUCCUCUCUACAAAAUACCUAAUAACCGCUUCUAAUUUUUAUAAAGCAAUGCAACAAGUAAUAGAGUUUUUUGA